GUUAAUUACAGUUGACACUUUGCGAUAUAUAGGAGUUGCUUCUGUCUGCCGGUGGGAACAGGAUAUCUACACGUUUGCCCCAGGAGCUGUGACUGAGAAAGACAAGAUGCCGCGGUCCGAAGACGUAGUCUGUAACGCGCUCCUCAUCAAGGGUGUGUGGGAGAUCAGGACAAGAGACACACUCCAGAAGCAACACAAUGAUGCAGCACGACAGGAGAAAAGCGCACUGUCCAAGAUCAACCAAGAAUGGCAGAAUCGUAUGGGCGACAAGUACAAGCCUCGCAAGAGGAAGGAGACGACAGUCCCACUACCUGACGCAGCACCACCAAAACUCAGAAUCUCAGUGAGCAAAACAAGAUCACCUCUAGAACUCAACAGACCUAACCUCUCAGUUGGUCAUCGGUCACUGGAAAAGAAGGCCCUUGUGAAGCGUGACAAGCUGGCCUUAUUGUCUUUGUUGAAAAGCUCUCUACCUAAUGGGUCGAUAUGGUCAUCAUCUUAUAAGUUCUCUAAGCUCCCAGGAGAAGGUUCAAACAAGCCAGAGGGCUCAGAGUGGGGAAUGGCAUGGAAAUGCUUGAAUUUUCAACCACAGCUUGAUGGAAAAGCUUGGAUUGAGCAAGAAAAUGUUGAUAUGGGCCCCAAUGGUGAGUCAAGCUUGUGGAAAAAAUCCCAAAGUCAUGUUGAUAUGGGGGAGUCUUUGGAGAAUCACAUGUCAUCAGAGUGGGAGUCUUCUUGGAAAUAUAAAAAAUCUGAAGGGAAGAAAAAGGAUGGUGUGUCUAAUGGGCCCAAGCAUGGCAGGAUGGCUCGGCUAAAGCAUCUUGAAGUAUCACAACACAAAAACGAAGAGAAAUGCUCAUCUGAAUGGAUUGAUUCUUGGAAGAGCACAAAACCAUCUGAAAAUGGGGAUGUGUGCUUUGAGGAAAAUAUGGUUCAUAGCGAAGAAGGUAAUCAACAGGGUAACGAAGACCAAACUGGAUCCAAGUGGGCGGCAUCUUGGAAAUAUUUAAAUAGUCAGUUCCAUUCUGCAUCCUCUUCAAAGAAGUCAAAGAGUCGUGGAUGGGCUGAUGCAUGGAAGAUCUCAAAACCAGUGGAGAGCCAUGAUGAGCCUUCAGAAACCAAAAGCAUGGAUGUAAUGGACCAUGAACCACUAGACCCCCAUAUUCAUGGUGUGAUAAUACCUGUAUGCAUGGCUGAGAAAUACAAGUACAGGAGUAACCAGUUCUGCGAGGGGAAAACCGUCCUAGCUGAAUGGGAAAAGUCUUGGGAAGCUGCAAAAAACAUGUCUAUCCUAGCAAGUGUGAAGCCAAGAAAGAAGGUGGAACCCAAGGAAGAGGAAAAGAAAGAUGAACCAAAGAAGGAAAAGGAAAGUGAACCUGAUGGAUUGCCUAAAAAGCUCAAACCCAAAGAUAGAUUGGCAGUUCGGCAAAAGCGUAUGAAACCUCUUUCAGAAUGUGAUUCUUCUCACGAGUGGAAUGAGUCUUGGAAACUCCCCCGAUCUCAGCCUAAGAAAGACCAUUUGGCAAAUACUGCUAUGCUGAAUGGGCCAACGAUCCUCCAACCUCAUUUGAAGAAAAGAUGUCUGCCAGAUUGGAAGGAAUCAUGGAAAUGUUCAAGAUUCCGAUCCAGUUUUGGCAAACCCUCGGCCACUGAGUGGAAAGAGUCAAGCUGUUUAGGUUAUGAGCUUAGAAAAGGCAGAGAACAGUGGAUGAAGGAGAUAGGCAUUGAGAAACAUCAGGGCACAUCUAACAAAUAUGAAGUAUUCUCUCUUCCAAAAAGAGGCAUGAGAGCAGAGAGCCAUGUGUCCAUUGGUACAAAGGACAGCUAUACAUUUGCCCCCGAAUGGAAAGACUCUAGUCAUGGCAUAAAGCAUCAAAGGAGAAGUGAAGUAGCCAGGGGAAGGGCUAAUACAUCACAUCUAUUCAGAGAGCCUGAGAGAGGAGAAACACCUGUGGCUGACUGGUCUACUGCAUGGAAAUUUACGAAUGUUACACUGAACCAGGACAGCGGUCUUUGGGAUCAAGGUUGGUCCUCCACUGAAAAUGUUCGACAAGACAGAUGGGAAAGAGAACAGGAGUUCCUGAAUGACGAGGUCCCUCAUAAUGGCCCAACUGGAUUCAGAGGAUGGGGCGAAGCUUGGAGGUCCACAAGAAGACAGCACCGUGUAGAGGGCGCAACUGCAGGUCAGCCUCCUCGGCAAAGACAGCAGCACGGGAGAUCCCCGCUUUCUGAAGGAUGGGAGAACUCCUGGAGAGUUUCAGGCACCAACGUCAGACAAACGCUCCGUGACAGACCCUCUAUGACAGAGUGGUCAGAUUCAUGGGAGUUCUCUGAACUCAACUCGUAUGAGCGUCCACCAAGAGAAACCUGGCUUCAAAAGUCUAUGGAGAUCACGCCAAGGAGAACCCUCCAUCGUAUGCCAAAAGUGGGGCAAAUCAGCAGAUCUUUCAACCCCGAUGUGUUUAAGGAGAGAGUUCCUCCAUCACAAUGGAUGGAAUCUUGGAGAAUGGCAAAACUUCAUAGACAUCACAACAGAUUCCCUUUAAAAGAUAAAUCUCACUUGUCUGUCCCUCGUCAUCAGAUCGAAGAUGUUCAAGAAUGGUCUGAAACCUGGAAGUCCAACAAUGUUCUCUCUCAACAGGACAAGUCACUCUGGGACAGUGGUUGGGAAACAUUUGAAUUGGAAAAACAGCCUCCGGCGCCUAAAUAUGUUCCCAUCACAAAUAAAGCACAUGGAACAGUCAGAGUGGAACAGUCAGAGUGGAGCAUGUCAUUCAAGAUAUGUGGCCCUCAGCCUCUGGAGUGGGAUGACACUCCAAAAGUAUUCCAUCAUAAAGAUAAAGUGCUGUGGUCAAGGACAAGGUGCAGUAAUGACACCUAUUCUCAUCUCACCUCGAAUGCACUCUCACAGAGAUUGUGGGACAAAUCUUGGAGAUUCAUGAAGCUAGAGAGUGUACUUCUUCCCCAGAUGAGUAGCACCCCAUCCAGCAAGUCUGAUCGUUCACUUACUGUGAAAAACACUAGAAAAGCAAAGAAAAACAUGUAUUCUGACAUAGAAAAAGGCAAACCACAAACAAAGAGGUGGUCAGAUGCCCCAAAAUUAGCCAAAACCCAACCACGCAGAAGAGCUCCCAUCAAAGGAGCGAAAGGCAAGGGAGAAGCUGAGCAUAUUUCUAUGGAUUGGGUUGACUCGUGGAAGUUUUCAAAUGAUUCAAUUAGCUCUAAAGUGGAAGUAGUAUCUUGGUCUGAGUGGGGAAACUCCUGGAAGUUCCUCCUGGACUCAUACCCUCCAGAAAAGAAAGGAAAGUCCAUUUAGGAAUAUCUGGAAUCUUGGCUUUAGUUACGUACAGAUAAAAAUCCAGCUUGCACAACAACGAGUCCUUGAUGUUAUGUCAUCAUAGAAGUCAAUCAUAUUACAUUGUUAAUUUUAUUCAAGAACACCUAACACAAGAACCUUUAAUGUAGGCGGUAUGGGCUGGUUGAAGUAUAUUACCAAAAAUCUACAAGAGGCUGCUGAUAUAGAGUAGGGGCACAAUAACUCACAUGGUCAUCAAAUGUCCAACACAAAUGAACAUUUUGACAUCAAGCAUUUUCUACCAAGUGAAACUAUACUGUAAUAAAGAAUCU